AUGGAUCCAAAACAUUUCAGGAAUUUGUCAGGACUUUCUCCAGUUUCCUGAAAGCGUAAAAAUUCUUCAAUUACUGCUCUUUCUCAAGACUCAUCGCCGUUAAAACCUAUAAAUCUGAGAAAAAACAGCACUGACACAUUAUUUUACGGAACUGCUCAUGCAGCUCAAUUUUAUGCAUUGAGCCUAAUGCCAAGCUUAACUCUUCCUCUGUCUGAAAGCCCUGUAAGGAAAAAGGAGCUCGAUAAUUAUUCACCUACUUCAACUAUCAAUGAAUUCUUCAAGGAAAAAAGAGAUUCGCCUAACAUAAAUUUUGAUAAAAAAAGAAAAAAUCCCAGAUAUUCCAGAGGUGUAAAAUCAUAUGAUUUCAAAAGUAGCUCAUUAAAACCCCUAUAUUUUAAUUCACCAAGUCCGAGUAGCAAUCUUAAAAGAACAAAAAUGCUGCCAUUAUUUUCAGAUUGGGAACUAAAAGAGGCACUUAAGCCAUUGAGAAAAAGAAAUUUAAGAAAUAAGAGAAUGACUCUUGUAGCUUCAGUUAAGAGAAUGGAUUCUUACAAGCCUAAAGAUUUUGAUUUGGUAGGCUUUUAA